UGUCGGGAGGGGAAAGCGUUACGGGGUUGCUUAUUGCCCGACGAUAGCAACGCCCUUGACGGAACUUCUAUUUUUAAGGGAAAAAAGCCACUACCGGCGCCUUUUGUAGGCAGGAGGGAAAGGGCGAUGGCGAAUAUACUAGUCUUGAAGGAUUUUCCGAGCAAGAUAUCCGCGCUGUGGAUUACAUUCUUGCAGUUUAUGAGAUAUGCGUUUGGUUCGGCAAUGAUGAUUGGGGUGGCCCCAGAAUAUCUUGCAAUAUGGCUUGUGUGGCGAGGUGCUUCACUAGUCCUCCCUUCCUGGAUAUACCAGUGGGGUGACGACAAACUUUAUUCUCUCUAUCAGCGGCUAGUUCUCUUUUUCUUUGAGACAUGUACAAAUUUAGAGGUGGUGUUGUAUGGUGAUGCUGUAGAAGCUCUGAAAAAGAGAGAAAGUGUCUUAUAUCUUGCCAACCAUCAAUCAACAGUUGACUGGCUUGUUGCUGACAUGGUCUCUGUCCGAGGUGGAUCCUUAGGACAUCUGCGCUAUGUGAUGAAAAAUACGCUACAACUGAUCCCACUCUACGGGCACUACUUCUACACACACGGUUGUAUUUAUGUGAGACGUGGGAAAUUCAAUCAGGGAAAAAUGGUUGAAGCCCUGGACUACCUCAAACACCCGAAGAUUCCUACUUGGUUGGUGAUCUUCCCAGAGGGUACGCGCUACUAUCCAGGGAACCCAUCUGUCAUCAGGAAGUCAGAGGAGUACGCAAGGGACCACAAUCUUCCGGCGAUUGGAACAGUGACUGCUGCUAAGGAAGAUGCCAAGGUCUCGGUUAGAAAGUGCUCCGAGAAAACAGUGCUGAAGCAUCACUUGGUCCCGAAAACCCGAGGAACGUGGUUAGUCACCAAACAGUUACAUGAUAAGCUGGAUGCCGUAUAUGACGUGUCUGUGUUCUAUGAGGGGACUGUGAAUGAGCAAGGCAUCAGAGGAAACGCACCACAGCUUAUAGGGUUCCUGAUGGGAAAGUGUAAGAAGGUCCACAUACACAUCAGGCGCAUCCCCAUGUCUGAAGUGCCGAGGGAGGAGGAGAAACUCGGAGAAUGGAUGAUUAAGCUCUAUCAGGAUAAAGACGAACUGGCGGAGAACUUCUUCACCUCAGAUAGUGAGAAACGAAACACAGUUGAAGAGCGGUUGAAUGGCCAAAAGACGUCACUAAAGCUUUGGUCAACUCUCUCUUCCUUCCUGUUCUUUAGUGUUCUCACAGUGCCAUUCAUCUGUACUAAACUCGGAAGGCAGAUGUACCUCCAGUUACUGUUCUAUGGAAGCCUUGGGUCUUACGGGUGGCUUGCCAUACGCAAUGUUUGUUGAAUCUAUUUUUAAAGAGGAAAAAACUUCUGAAUUUGAAAAUGGAGGUAUUGAGUUCAUUUUUUUUCUUCCAUGUCCUUGCCAAAAAUGCUGCCAGUGAUGACAAAUGGCACGAGGAACAAAGCAGGGCUGCAUAAGGGGUACCUCCAGAGCUGUUUCAUGAAAUCACAUUAUAGGUGAAACAGGAGGUUAUUCGAAAAUAGUUUUUAUGCGUAUACUUGGAUGAGAUGUUAUGUGUGCAUCAAUUUUGGGAUGUUUCGUGGUACUGGAUCAUCCUAAUGAUUUUUAUGUAAAGAAUGUGGUAAAUGGGAACUUGUAUAUUAAUUAAACAUUUAUCUCAGAUCUUCCGUUGUGCACAGGUAGAUUUUUGAAGUAUUACAUGGUUUUUCAUGAAGUGCAAGUCAGUUUAACUGGAUACAAAAUACAGAAAAUUGACACUUUUGAUUAUCAUAUACUUUUUCAUAUUGUAAUUAUUGUAUAUUAUCUAGGAGUUUCAGUAGAUAAAACAUGGCAGUUCUUUGUCAUGUAAUGAAUGAAGCUUGUAAGAAAUAAAGAAAUAUUCUCAUAAAUGAAGAUUUGUUUUUGAUAGCUAAUUCCAGCAAAUUGAAAGAAUACAUGCAUGAGUUUGCAUGGACAUUAGUUAUGUAUUGUAUACUGGACUAAUCCUUAUAAUAAUUUAUUGGACAGACUGAUUCUCUGUUAUAUUUUUGUUAGUAAUUACGAUUAUUUCUAUAAUGAGAUACAAAGAUUUGAAAAGCAGAUAAAAAGGAACAAAGAAAGUGAAAAAUCGGAUAUACACAUCCCUAUGUGCACACACACGUGCAUCCCCAUACCCCCCACCCAUAAAUGUGUGUACAUGUAUUGAUAUUUACCAGCCAUUGAUAUUGUAUAUGAUAGUUUUGUUGUAAAAGAAAUCAGAUGCUCAAUAUGUUUUUUGCAAGGCAAUAGUGUUUCCUGAAAAUUAUUUUUUAUUUGCAAGAGUGUUCCUGUCUACUUAUUAAACCAUAAUUGAAGAAAAGUAAUUUGUCAUCAUAAGGUUGGGGAUGUUUGUGAACAAAAAUGCUAUAUAUAAGGUAAUGAUAUUAAUGAUAUGAAUAAUGCUUUCACACAUUAUCAUAACACUGUUAUCUGUUUGUGAACAGAGUAGUAGUAAUAAUAAUCUAUGAAAAUUUAUAUGUUUGUUCAUAUUGCUGUUUUUUGUCACAUAACUGCAUUGAGAAAGUAAUUAUCACAGAUGCGCUUAUUAUAACAAUGAGAUUGAGAGAGACUAGACAAUUGUUUAAGGCAUCAGCAUGUCUCUGAGAAAUUACAGCAUGUAAAAUAUAUGUAGAGGUGUGAUGUUUUUUGUUACAUUUUUUCUCUGUCUCACAUUUUUUUCUCUUUCAUUCUUCCUUAGCUGUCUUGUUUAUGUAAAAUGAUUUUCUUUCAAUUUCUUUUGAGGUACAGUAGCAUCAUAGAAGUCUUCUGGUGUGAAAGAAGAAAAUAAUUUUUAUAUUGAUUUUUUAGCAUUAGACAGUGUUCUUUUUUUCUGUUGCCAGUUGUGUUAUUUUAUUUGUAUGCUUACUGCACAUUUAAGGAGUACAAUGUAGACUGGUAUUAGGGCAACAUAUUUUUCGAGAAUUGAGCCUAGAGAACAUUUUGUUAAAGUAUGAGAUCCGUCGGUGCUAACCUGUUAUAGAUAACUACUGUGAGGGCAUCUCAUAUUAAUGUUAUGAAGAGAACACAGGAAUUGUAACAUCUUUAUAUAACAACUUUCUCAGAUGAGGAAGCUGUUAAGAGCUCAAAAUCAACCCUUCCUAAGGAGCCGUGGUCUUAUGUGAUAGAUGAAAAUACAAAGAAAAAAAUAAUAAAAUAUUAAAUACCG